UGUUUAUUUUAUAGACAAUGGUACAGCUAGAACAUAAUGCAGCCAAGACUUAUUGUCAAAUGGGCACGACCGGUGACUCAAAUGACAAUCGUGCCGGCUCGGCCCAUGCCCAUUCUUCUCCCUCCUCUCCUCCCCUCUAAUAAAAGAAAUGUAAAACCCCCCAAAAUCUGACAUCUUUCCCUCUCUUUCUCCACUCUUCCCUCCCUUCUAACAAACAACUCUUCCCUUACCUUAUCUUCACUCUCACCCUUCUUCUUUCUCCCAAAAUUUCCAAAAUCCCAAGAAUUUCAACAACACCCCCAUAUCAAAAAUGAAAUCAAAUCGAAAUCAAGCCAUUGUAACCUACCGAGCAAUUCCAGGCCUUGAAACUUGCAAUGUCACUUCUUCUCCAAUCGAAAUGGCUAAUUUUAAACACCCCCAUUCCAAACCCAAAUGUUUCAACUAUGGUUUUGCUUGUCUUUCAAUGGCGGCCAAGAAAGAGGAGAGAGAAUUUGAACCCACUACUACCCAGUUGCUCGAACACCCUCUCGCGUUGCUUGCGCUUGUUCCUAGAGACGCUGCGCUUUUCGCCGCCGGCGCUAUUGCUGGCGCUGCUGCUAAGACUUUCACUGCUCCGCUUGAUCGAAUUAAGCUUCUUAUGCAGACUCAUGGGGUGCGAGUAGGCCAAGAAAGUGCAAAAAAGGCUAUGGGAUUUCUUGAGGCAAUAACUGUGAUAGGAAAGGAGGAAGGCGUUAGAGGAUACUGGAAAGGAAACCUUCCUCAGGUUAUACGGAUCAUACCCUACAGUGCAGUACAACUAUUUGCUUAUGAGAGCUACAAGAAACUUUUUCGGGGAAAGGAUGAGGAACUAUCAGUUUUGGGACGGCUAGCAGCUGGUGCCUGUGCAGGCAUGACAUCAACCCUUGUGACAUAUCCCCUAGACGUCCUGAGGCUAAGAUUAGCAGUUGAGCCAGGAUACAGAACCAUGUCUCAGAUAGCCUUAAGCAUGCUAAGGGAGGAAGGCAUUGCUUCUUUCUACAAUGGUCUUGGCCCUUCUCUUAUUGGAAUAGCACCUUACAUUGCUGUGAAUUUUUGCGUUUUUGACUUGGUGAAGAAGUCCUUGCCAGAGAAGUACCAGAACAGGCCUGAAACAUCCUUGGUAACAGCACUUGUGUCAGCUACACUUGCAACACUUACGUGCUAUCCUCUGGAUACGAUUAGAAGACAAAUGCAAAUGAGGGGUACACCAUACAAUUCAGUUCUUGAUGCCUUUUCAGGAAUAUUGGAGCGUGAUGGCUGGGUUGGACUCUAUAGAGGUUUUGUCCCCAAUGCUUUGAAAAACUUACCAAACAGCAGUAUUCGGCUGACCGCCUUUGAUACUGUCAAGAGUCUAGUUGCUGCAAGUGAGAAAGAGUUUCAGAGUAUUGUUGAGGGAAACCGUAAGGAGGCAAAAGCAAGCUCAGUUCAUUGAACGUUUGCUAGCAUAGUCUCAGUACCAAUUUUGUAGCUAUUUUUUUUGUGGAUAAUUUUUUCGCCAGUAUUACACGUAGUGCAGUACUAGGACAGGUCGUGAGCCCAUCUUGCGUUGUUAAUGUAGAUUGUGCAAAAGGUUUCUUCCAUUUUGGUCUAAGUAGGGACUAGGGAAAAUCAUAGGAAAUUCCUCUGUAGAAUCCAACAGGCACGUCAUAGUAAAUGAGUUAGGAGUCUUAUGAAGUUUUCUUGCAAUUUUAUUAGUGAAAUGCAACUACGCAAGCAACAUUAUUUUGUACUAAAAGAAAUGUUGUUUAUGUAGCCUCUCCUUCCCGAGAUUAAAGCUUAAAUUGGUUGUAUUAUUUCAUACUAUCAAACACCUAAUCAUUUACAUUCAUCUGA